AUGACAGCAAUACUUUAUUAUCUACGACUUCAGCAAUAUAAUGAUUUUAAGCUUAAUAAUGGUUUAGCAAUUGCACAUCAGUUUAAAAAAGGAGAAUAUUUGCUUGAUGAAGCUCGAGUUAUUAUUUAUCCUGGCACAAAUCACGAUGGUUGGUGGGAUGUGAAACAACUUGUUGAGCAGUUUAAUAAUCUUUCGAUGAUGAUAAUCACCCGUGCAAUUCCAAUUUUUGAAGCUAUCCAUCUUGGUGGCAUUGCAGUUUUCGCAUUCGAUAACUCUACAUCACAUGGUACGAUUUUUACUGAUGCCCUUAAUGUUCACGACCUCCUUCGCGAUAAGCCCAAAGGAAUGCAUGCAAUUCUUGAAGAAAGAGGUUUAUUACCAAACAAUAUAAAAAUCAAUGGAGACUGCAAGAACAAGGAUUUGGCAUCAAUUACCUGUUGCGUGCGUCACAUGCUCGCAGCUCAAUCAGAUUUUCAAAUGCAAAGAACCAUUCUUGAAGAAAUUAUUGAGGCGCGUGGUCACAAACUGUAG